AUGUUAAGGAUACUCAAAACAUUUGUUAUUAUUUCAGCCACAAAAUUGGAGAACCAUGAUGUAAAUCUGGCAUCUUUCUUGUUAAGGAUUGAAGCCACUGUUCAUACUCUUUCGGAGCUAGAUCGUCCUUUAGAUUCUAAUUUGGAAGAUGGAUUCAAUUUCUUCUAUCUUGGUGCUAUCUAUAUGACUUAUCUGUCCCUCGAACAGUACUUAAAAGAUAUUAGAUCCUUAGUGGUUGACGUUGAUGAAUGUGCAAAUUUAGAAGAAAUAAUGGAGGCGUUGCGAGAUCAGAUGGUAUUCUUGCAAAACCUCAUCAGAUUCAUUCAUAAUCCCUCACAACAUUUGUUGGCUCAUGCUGAAGGCGUUGCUAUCAGCACGGCGUAUCUACUUUCAGAGUAUUCUAGAGAAGCACUUGAUGACCAGCCGGACGAGGAGAGGUUCAGAGAUAGAAUUUUAAUUUGUGUGGAGAAGAUCAAGCCUAAUGAUCCUCAGGUCUAUGAGACUUACACAGAAGCACUAAGAGACUCAAAGUUAUCAAGUCAAGAAUUUUCAAGCAAAAUUUGGAGAGAGAGACCCACUACCAAUGUUCAGAUUUCCCAUAAUCAGUUGGGAUAUGCUGAUUUUGUAUCGGAGAAACUGAUGGAGCUGAGAGGUGUAAACAGUGUAGCAAGUGGAAGCCGUAAGUGUGUUCAUAUCAUCUAUGACGGACUUGUCUUCCUCAGAUCUUUCAUGGGGGAUGUUGUUGAGUUGCGCCAACAAAGAGAGGAUCUUCAAGCUCUCUGGGAUCGUGUUUUGGACGUGACUUACAAGAUGGAGUGUCUUGUUGACCACCUAUUGAUUAGUAAUCUUCAAGAUUCUUCUUCAACAAUUGAUUCCAUCAUGAAAGACAUCAGGGACAUUAAGCCCAAAAUCUAG